AUGCUUCGCGUCUCACUGCUUUUGCGGGGCGUGAGCCCUUUCACUCUCUUCCUGAUGGAUCAGAAGAGCAAUCCAGCGCUGAAGGGGUGCGCCAUCUCGAAACGUGGCCGUAUCCUCUCCAAGAUGUACAAGGAACUUUCGCAGAAUCAGCGGCGAGAUUUGAAGCAGCGCGCGGCGCGUCACCCUUCGCUCCCGAAGCAGACGCGGAAGCAACGAGAAGAGGCCGCAAGCUUAGCAAGGGGAAGGCGCAAAGGGAAGUUUGCCAAAUUUGUGCGAGAAAACUACCACAAGGUGAUGAAGCUUAAUUACCGCAAGCGAUUCGGCGCCCUUUCGCAGCUCUACGAUGUAUCCAAACCGCUAGAUGUCGAGAAGGAGGUUGCGAAGGCUCUUCCGAAGCUGAGUGCCAAGGUACAAGCGAAGAGAAAGGCGAUUGUGAAGGCGACGGUGAAGGCACAUACAGAGGCCGAAAGGAAAUUGGCUGCGGCGUCUGGAAAGGCAAAACCAACCAAAGGCCGAAAGAAGAUCAAGGGUGUUGCCAAGAAACUCACGCACACUGGUGUGUAA